AUGGCCGACAUAGACCGAAUCCAAGAGCGGGGAUGGCAUGUCAAAUCCGUGACAAUUGUCAAAGAAUGUCAGGGAGGAGAAGGCAAAGGGAAAAUGCUACGCACGCCGAAUUUCGUAGUGAGCGGGUCGGUGAAGGAUCGAUGGGCCAAGGGCAAAGGCACCAAAGAAGAUUGGGAAGGUCUUUUGCAUAAAGCCCACAUCUUUGUGCUGAGAUCCUACUUGGCUCUGUCCGAGAGGGACCCGCAGAUCAGGUAUGUGGAGGAAGCCACUCGCGCCUUCAUUGAAGCCUGGGAACGUGGAAGUUUGGAAGACCCCAUCAUGACUCAGACAAUGUUGACGAAGGUACGAAGCCUCUUCAACAGCCACCUCCACAAGGCGUUUGCAUGCUUGGACUUCCAAAGUGUGGACGAUUUGCUGGCAGCAGUGCUGAGCUCGGUUGAGCUCAGUUGA